GAAAGCGGGCAGAGAGGAGCAGGGAGGACGGAGGAGGAGGAGGAAUCAUCUUCAUCAGGGAGAAACACGCACGGCUCCUCACUUUGUUCUCCUCCCUGCUUCCGCCCGGCCGGACCGGAAAUGGAGACAUCAGUGCUGCAGGCAGGGCGGAUCUGAGGCUGACUGUGUGUGUGCGUGAGUGUGCGUGAGUGUGCGUGAGUGUGUGAGUGUGUGCCAGCGGGCUGAGGAUGCCGGACCAGAUCUCGGUGUGUGAGUUCCUGUCCGAGACCACAGAGGACUACAACUCCCCCACCACGUCCAGCUUCACCACCCGGCUGCAGAGCUGCAGGAACACCGUCAGCAUCCUCGAGGAGGCUCUGGACCAGGACCGCACGGCGCUGCAGAAGGUGAAGAAGUCGGUCAAAGCCGCCUACAGCUCAGGGCAAGAGCAUGCUGGGAACCAGGAGAGCUUCAGCCAGGCGCUGGAGCGGCUGGGAGGCAACAACACUGAGCUGGGAUCAGCCUUCGUUAAGUUCUCCUGCCUCAUUAAGGAGCUGGCCUCCCUGCUGAAGAACCUGCUGCAGAGUCUGAGUCACAAUGUGAUCUUCACGCUGGACUCUUUGCUCAAAGGAGACCUGAAAGGAGUCAAAGGGGACCUGAAGAAGCCGUUCGACAAAGCCUGGAAAGAUUACGAGGCCAAGUUCACGAAGAUCGAGAAGGAGAAGCGGGAACACGCCAAGCAGCACGGGAUGAUCCGCAGCGAGAUCACCGGCGCCGAGAUCGCCGAGGAGAUGGAGAAGGAGAGGAGGCUGCUGCAGCUGCAGAUGUGUGAGUACCUGAUCAAAGUGAACGAGAUCAAAACGAAGAAGGGAGUCGACCUGCUGCACAACCUCAUCAAGCACUACAACGCCCAGAGCAAUUUCUUUCAGGACGGCCUGAAGACAGCAGACAAGCUGAAGCAGCACAUCGAGAGGCUGGCUGCUGACCUGCACAACAUCAAGCAGAGUCAGGACGAGGAGAAGAAGCAGCUGACGGCUCUCAGAGAUCUGCUCAAGUCCUCCCUGCAGCUGGAGCAGAAGGAGUCCAGGAGAGACUCUCAGAGUAAGCAGAGUGGGUACAGCAUGCACCAGCUGCAGGGGAACAAGGAGUUCGGCUGCGAGAAGAAAGGCUACCUGCUGAAGAAGAGCGACGGGCUGAGGAAGGUGUGGCAGAGGAGGAAGUGCUCGGUGAAGAGCGGCAUCCUCACCAUCUCUCAUGCAACGUCCAACAGACAGCCGGUCAGACUGAAUCUGCUCACCUGUCAGGUCAAACCCAGCGGAGAGGACAAGAAAUGCUUCGACCUCAUCUCCCAUAACCGGACGUAUCACUUCCAGGCUGAAGAUGAGCAGGAGUUUAUCAUCUGGGUGUCGGUGCUCACCAACAGUAAGGAGGAAGCGCUGAAUGUGGCGUUUCAGGGCGGAGGUCAGAGUUCAGGUGUGGAGGAGGAGGAGGAGCUGACGAAGAGCAUCAUCGACGAGGUGCUGCGGUCGCCAGGCAACGACACCUGCUGCGACUGUGGAGCCGCAGAGCCCAGGUGGCUGUCCACCAACCUGGGCAUCCUCACCUGUAUCGAGUGCUCGGGGAUCCACAGGGAGAUGGGCGUCCACGUGUCCAGGAUCCAGAGCCUGGAGCUCGACAAGCUGGGGACGUCCGAGCUGCUGCUCGCUAGGAAUGUUGGGAACUGUAGUUUUAACGAGGUUCUGGAGGCGGGGCUGCCGUGUCCGAGCCCCAAGCCGUCGCCCUGCAGCGACAUGACGGCGAGGAAGGAGUACAUCAACGCCAAGUACAUCGACCGCAAGUUCGUCGUGAGGCGUGCCGUCGCCACGGCGACCAGCAGGCUGGCCGAGCUGUACGAGGCGGUGCGAUCCCGAGACCUGCUGUCAAUCAUCCAGCUGUACGCAGAGGGGGCGGAGCUUCUGGAGCCGCUCCCUGAGCCGGGCAAGGAAGCAGGAGAGACGGCGUUGCAUCACUGCGUUCGGACAGCAGACCCCGCCUCCCUCCACCUGGUGGACUUCCUGGUCCAGAACAGUGGGAGCCUGGACGGACAGACGGAGGCUGGGAACACGGCUCUGCACUACAGCUGUCUGUACAACAAGCAGCAGUGUGUGAAGCUGCUGCUGCGGGGGAAGCCAGACCUGCACAUCACCAAUCAGAGCGGAGAGACGGCGCUGGACAUCGCCCGCAGGCUGAGGAACCCUCAGUGUGAAGAACUGGUAGGAACCAGAAGCAGAAGCUCUCAGUGUGUUCUGUGGAACCAGAACCCUGACUGA